AUGGUCAGCAAAUUUCCUGACCUGCAUGCUGUGCUCCCCCCGGGCAGUGUGCCGGGCCAGCCGCUCUGCGAGCAGGUGGAGGUGGAUGUGACCAUGCUGGUCCAGGACACCUGGACGGCUCACCAGAGCAACAUGAACUGCAAGACUGUUGACAUAAACACCCGUGUGAGUCCCAGAGUGCCAGUUCUGGAUGAGCCUUUGAAACGCCUCCUUAGUGAUGUCCUGAGUGAUCUGGGCUGCAACAUCAUCAAUGCCAAGCUCAACGUGGUGAACUCUCUGCUUGGCUCCAGGAACCAGAUGCUCCCGCUCGGGGCUCUGGGGGACCUGCCCCCCUUCUCCAUCCUCGGUAGUGACUCCAUCCAGCUGGAUCUGAACCUCCUCUCCGGGAAUGCCGAGGGUGGCACAGUGGCCCCCACUCAGCAACUGCCACUCGCCGCCACCCUGCUGCUGGCCACUGGCCGCCCACCACAGCUCAGCCUCUCCCAGGACACCCUCAGAGCCCUGCUGGAGCAGGUCCAGGGGCAGGGAGCCCUCAACCUCAGCAUCACCAACUCGCUGAUGAGUAGCCAAUCGCCUCUCCAAGGCCAGGUUCCCGAGAGCACCUCGCUGUCCGUGUCUGCCCUUUUCCCGUUCAUCCCCCAGCUUGCCCGGGCCCUCCCUGGCUCUCUGCCACUGGAGCUGCGUGUCCGGAUGAGAGAUCAGCCGGUGGUGGCCGUGAGGGAUGGAAGAGCCACUGUCACCCUCAAAGCCUCCACUGACAUCCAUGUUCCUGCCCUACAGACCUCCCAGGGGCUCCUCUUCUCCCUCGACACGGACAUUGUUCUGCACAUCACCCCAUCGGUCUCUGACGGCAAACUGCAAACCUCCCUGGCUCUUGACAGCAUCAAGGUGACACGGUUCCCCUCGUCACUCGACCCUUCUGCCGUCCCCUCGCUCACAGAAUGGCUCAAGCAGAUCCUCACAGCUGCAUAUGUACCUGGUGUUAAUGACGCCUUCCAUGUGUCGGUCCCUCUGCCCAACGUCCUCAACACCAACCUCAGGAACGCUGAAGUCACCAUCACUGACGCGGACGAGAUUCCUGGCCAGACCACUCUUGAAAGAUACUGCUCGAGAGGAGCCUCAAUGCUGCUCCCUUUCUGAGGCAGCACACUGUGCACCCCAAGCCUUGCUCCACUC